AUGGACAAGUCAUCAGGGACUGCAUGGGGAGAUGACUUGGUGAAGCUCAGGAUUGGCCGGGGGGGGAGGGGGCUGGGCAAGGGGGGCGCCAAGCGGCACCGCAAGGUGCUGCGCGACAACAUCCAGGGCAUCACGAAGCCGGCCAUCCGGCGCCUGGCCCGCCGCGGCGGCGUGAAGCGCAUCUCGGGGCUGAUCUACGAGGAGACGCGCGGCGUGCUGAAGGUGUUUCUGGAGAACGUGAUCCGCGACGCCGUGACCUACACGGAGCACGCCAAGAGGAAGACGGUGACGGCCAUGGACGUGGUGUACGCCCUCAAGCGCCAGGGACGCACCCUCUACGGCUUCGGCGGCUGAAGACCCCGCGCUCCCCGACCACCUCGAGAACCCAAAGGCUCUUUUAAGAGCCACCCACUUCCUCCCAAGAAGAGCUGUGGCAUCGUUUUCCCUGAAAGGACAUCUGAAGCGCGCGUAGUACUAAAUUUCCGAAGCUUAUUAAGGUGGCGCUUAUGGAGUACCGCCAGAAGGCUUUAUCAUUGGCUAAGUGCGAGCUGAUGUUUUGAUUUUGCUGUUGAUGGUGAAGCUGUCUUUGCUGUAUGAAAGAGGCGCCUGUUUCCUUGUGUGCUCCUUAAAUUCCUUUGCAAAUGUUGUAUGCUACUAAAAAAAACAAAUUUAAGAGCUCCGUAAUCAAAACAAUGUUUUCUUGUUUAAGCAUAAUCUGGAAUAUUGUUCAAUGUCUUGUACUUUAAAAACUUCAUUUCACUGCAAGCGGAUGCUCCAUUGUGAGUUACAAAGGGGAAACCAAUUUGUCGCCCAGGGUAAAAUACGAACCUUGCUUUGAGAGGAAGGUUGUC